AAAGAGGGAACCAGGCAACGCCUUCUAUUACAGACUUGGCCACUCAUCUGGAUCAUCCUGAAUUAUGGACCUUGGAGAGCAAGAUCCACCUGGCGGGGGUAGCAGUGGGAGGGACAGAGUGGAGAAUAUAAGAGAAACCACUCCAGCAGGUGUUACUCCAGCUGCCAAGGGUUUCCCAAGCCCAGAGGAGCAGCUUCCUGUGUAGCAGCCAGCUAUCCAAAGCCUGCCUGCUAACUGGAGCAGAUCCAGAGAUCAAUACCACUGAGUUGCUUGCUUGAGUGAAAGAUCCGGGUGUUUCCGCUCCCAGGUCCGGCACAAAGAUGAAGAAUCUCUUUGCGGUCACCUUGCUAAUCGCCUGCAGUCUGUCUGGAACACAGGGGAGCCUUCUGGAGUUUCGAAAGAUGAUUAAUCAAGCCACGAGAAAAAGCGCCAUCCUCAGUUAUUAUGGGUAUGGCUGCUACUGCGGGUCUGAUGGCAGAGGGGAGCCAAAGGAUGCGACAGAUUGGUGCUGCCGAGCUCAUCACUGCUGUUAUAAAAGGCUAAAAGCUAAUGGAUGUUAUGGGAACAGACAGCGAUAUAGUUACACCUACAAGGACGGGGACAUUCUGUGUGCUUUGGGGAGCUGGUGCGAAGAACAGGUCUGUGACUGUGACAAGAGCACUGCUCUCUGCCUGGAAAGGAACCUGAAGACGUUCAACAGCCGCUACGUUCGUUACCGAGACAACAAGUGCACGGGAUUCACACCCAGGUGCUAGGGGCCAUCCUGUCCCCAGCACAUCAUUUUACUGACCACCCAGCUGACAAGAGUUUGCACUUGCUGUUUCCCCAGGACCAAUGAACCAGGAGCCAGGAGUGGGACUGUAGAAUGGACUGUGAUCUCUGAGUGCUUUGCUGGAGAGGACAAGAGAAAUUCCAGGGAACUGCUUGUAAAUAGUCCAGCAGCUCUACCUUAAAGCGGGUCACUAGAGCACACCAGGCCGGACAAGAACCACAUCAGAUGGCCGGUAGCCAAUAUAGGAAGGACGGUUGAGACACUGGACUGGUUCAAUUCCUGGCUCUGGCACUGACUUCCUGUUUGACCUUGGCCAAGUGCAGAUUUUUAAAGGCCCUUUGGCACCUAACUCCCAUUGGAAACCAUAGGAGUUAGGUGCCUAAGUACCUUUAUGAAGCUGGGCUGUAAUCACUCUAUGCCUCAGUUUGCCCAUCUGUAAAAUGGGGAUAAUAGUCCUUUCUUUGCCUGUGUAUGUAGCGUGUCUCUUCCUAUGUGUUUGUACAGCACCUAGCAUGAUAGGGCUUUGAUCUCAGUUUGUCCCAAAAGUGCUCCUGGGAUAUAUAGAAUACUACAGUACUAAAAAUGGUGACUAGGGACCAUUUAGUUGAACUGGGAUUCUCCUAGGAUUACUGGCAUAAACUGCCCAUUGUUUAAUGUUCUGGUUACAGAUUCAUUUCCUUCACUUUAGUUACUAUGCAAUUUCCUUUCCUUUGCUUCUAAAUAAAGGUGAGCAGAACACCUUAUUCUGCAGCACGGGACA